AUGAAACCUGGUCAAAUACUUGAGGUUCGCCGUGAUGGCAUCAUGAAAGUUGCUGUGACCUUCGAGCUGGGACACGUGCUAGAGCAUGAUGCCGACAAGUAUGUCGUGCACAAAGUGGUGGUGAAGGACCCAGCCGAUGUUUUCCCUUCGCCCCAAGUUGUCUUCCUAUACGAUGAGCAGACACUCUCCAACAAGGGCAGCAAGACGUUGCAGAUCAGCCUCCUCGGCCCUCCUUCCAGCGAUCUCGGUCGACGCACUCAGGGGCGUAGCUGGCCCUAUGGGCUCAGUGAGCUGUUUCUCCAUUUUUCCAACGUCUACCUGGAAACGGCCGCCGGGGCCGGGAAAGCGGUGAGGACCUCGGCCCGGCCUCUCCGCGCCGCCCGGCAGGCAGAGGUGAUGCGCCUGCUCGCGAUUCUCGGAGGUGCCUGGCUGCUUCACAUAGCGAAUGUCAUGGCAUCACUUUGGCUGGGCACUGCCGCUUUUCUGGCUGGUGGCCCUUUGUAUGGCGCACUGACGAUUCUCAGCUUGGCUUUUCCCGGGCUGCUUUGGCAGAUGCUGUGCCGACCUGGUCGUCUGGUCUGGCUACAGUACAGUGGCAAGAGGAGUCUGGAAAUCCUGCUUUUCAUCUGCACUCCCCUGGGCUUUCCUGUCUUCGUCCAUGUGGUUUCGCUUUGGGACCUCUAUCGUUUAAGCCGGUUCCUUUGGAGGCUUUGUUGCAAAACCCACACCGGCCACACUUCACCCGUGGACUUGAAGCACUGGUACAUCUAUGAAGCCUUCCGGGAAGACACGCGAAUUUUUGGAGACGCCCCAAGGGCUUUCCUGUGCGCUGUCUCCUGGGCGAAUCGGCCCCUGGGGUUUCUGGCACCUGAGGCUUGGCCCUACAGCGAAGACCUCGCUGUUGCCGAAGUGGUCGCUGGUGCUUGUGCGCUGGUGUCCUGCUUGAUAGGCCUGAUCCCAGCCCGGCGGCAUGUGAGCCGCAAGGCCAAGGAAGUCGUGAGGCAGCACAUCUUGCAGGAGAGCGAAUAA